AAGAGGAAGCCAGUGCUCAAGCUCUCCAAAGAGGUGUUUGAGCAGCCUCCUCCUGAUGCAGUGCCUCCCAGAGAUUUGGAUUCGAAGGCUUGUGUAACGAUCGGAGAGAAGAACUUUGUGGUGAAGGCAGAUGACCUGGAACAGAUCUGUGAGCUAGGCCGAGGGGCUUAUGGUGUAGUUGACAAGAUGAAGCACGUACCGAGUGGUCUGAUCAUGGCUGUCAAGCGGAUUCGCGCAACGGUCAACACUCAGGAGCAGAAGAGGCUGCUCAUGGAUUUGGACAUCUCUAUGAGGACAGUGGAUUGUUUCUACACAGUUACGUUCUACGGAGCACUGUUUAGAGAGGGUGAUGUAUGGAUCUGCAUGGAGCUGAUGGACACCUCCCUCGAUAAGUUCUAUAAGCAGGUGAUCGAGAAAGACAUGACCAUCCCUGAAGACAUCUUGGGAAAGAUAGCCGUCUCCAUAGUAAAAGCGUUGGAGCAUCUGCACAGCAAUCUCCAAGUCAUCCACAGAGACGUAAAGCCCUCCAAUGUGCUGAUCAACACCCAGGGGCAGGUGAAGAUGUGCGACUUUGGCAUCAGCGGAUACCUGGUCGACUCGGUUGCAAAAACAAUGGAUGCCGGCUGUAAGCCUUACAUGGCGCCGGAGAGGAUCAACCCUGAGAUGAACCAGAAAGGCUACAAUGUCAAAUCUGACAUCUGGAGCUUAGGAAUCACAAUGAUUGAGCUGGCUAUUCUGCGCUUCCCGUAUGACUUGUGGGCCACACCUUUCCAGCAGCUGAAACAGGUGGUGGAAGAACCUUCGCCCCAACUUCCUGCUGACCAGUUCUCACCCGAAUUUGUGGACUUCACAUCUCAGUGCUUAAAGAAAGUUUCCAAAGAGCGGCCAACUUACGCAGAACUCAUGCAACAUCCCUUCUUCACCUCCCAUGAUGCCAAAGAAACCAACGUGGCUAGCUUUGUCAAAGUCAUCUUGGGGGACUGAGCUGGCACACUUGCACAAGAGACCUCCCCCCGCCUCUCCGUCCUCUCACGUCUCUCUCUCCGAACAGAUGGAUGGAGCUCGGAGGACGAAGAUCUGUCUGCAGAAGGAGGAGGUUACCCCUCCCAUUUUCUUACCUUGUCCUUGCUGUCUUCUGUACAUUACUUGAUAUGGGGUGGGGGUGUGGAUGGGAGACCAGUUUUUGGAGGUGGCUCACAGUCUGGAAUAAUUUAUGAGUUUUUAAGAUGUAUGCAAAAAGUUCCUCUUGGUUUGGUUUGUUAACCCCUCGUGCGCCACCUACUAUUCAUUGUUUUUAUUCAGUGCGUUGACCGUGCGUGCAGUUUCACUUGUCAUAAUGGUCAACUCUUAUAAAGUUUUUCCGAAAAAGUGGUGGUGCAGACUCUAUAAAAAUGAAUGAUAUAAUACUAUAUGUAUAAUCUAAAUGUUUGUAUACUCAAGCGAGUGUUGCAUUGGUUUAUUAAUUGACUGCAUGUAAAGAGUGUAUCCCUGGGUAAACCUGGGCUCCAACAGCCAAUAAGGAGCAGUCGUAGAGUCUGAUCAUUAAAUUACCUCAGACCUGUAGGUGUACAGACUCUUUUUAGCCCCCCUCCCCCUAGUGGUCAUGUAUGGGCACUGCUCUUCUAUUGCUUUCACAUGUAUUUAAUGGAAGUCUGCUACAUGUUUUGUGCUCGGGCUGCGUGUGUGUGUGUGUGUGUGUGGCGCACGUGUAGGGCUGCAUAAUUCUUCAUACCCAAACAAGAUUGCAAUUUAUUUUUUGCCUCAUGUUUCAUCUAGAGCUUCCUUUCGGUCCACAUUGCACCUGUAAAAGCUGACCAGGCACUGAGCUGGUGUGAAGCUUUACUAUUGGCGUGUGUGCGACCCAGUGACAGGUCAUUUAGUUUCUUGGCAUGUACAUUCACUGAGUUACCUUGCUGUGGAGGUAUUCACAGACCUUCAGUUUGGAACAAGAUUCAAAUUACACCCAUUCAUGGGUGUAAUUUGAAUCGGGUGGACUGUACAGUAUUUGAAUCUUGAAUCUUGAAUCUAAGUGGACUGUACAGUAUUUGAAUCUUGAAUCUUGAAUCUAAGUGGACUGUACAGUAUUUUCCAGAGUAUAGAAUUUUGUUUUUUUUUUUUACGUUUGGGAGGUCUUGCGACUAAUGUGACUUACAGACAAAAAAACAUGCCUUAUUAUUAUUACUAUGAAUAGCCGCUUUUUAUAUAGAUCAUUCCCAGGAACCACUGCACUAACCAAAAGUUCAAUAAUAAUAAUAGAAUAGUGCAACAAAGCACAAACUAAACCUCUUUGUGCUAAACCCAAAUUAAACCUCUGGGGUCCAAGUGUACUUACUCAAUUUUACCAUACACUCAGUAACUUCUGUUUUAAGGUGCUUUCUUUGAGUAUAAUGCCCAUGUGUUGCAUAUCAAAAUGUUAAGAACAAUUUUUUUUCUUCAAACAUUAUGAUGCAGCCUUUUUCAGACCAAGAUUAAUUUAGCUGAUUCCAACUCAAUUCUAAUUGUACUCUUUGAAUCUGUUCACAUUUCAGUAUGAAGUGGAAACAUUUAGUCACGACAGCGUUUGCAAAAGUAAACGUUACAUUUGAAAUUGAAUUGU